AUGUCAAGCGCUACUUAUCGCCUGGAGACCUUUCGGUCUUGGAAUCCUAUUCAGGAGAAAGCGCAGCCUUCGUGGAAGCCUCUCGACACCUGUCGCUACCCAAGUCCUGUCUCGAUCAUGACCACGCCAUCUCCAUCCAACCCUAGGGAGCCUCUUUUAGAGAACCAGAAGAUUUAUUCUCCUAGACCUCAGCGGCAUCCCCUUCCUGUUCGUCCGCCGGCGGAGGUUUGCUUACAUGGCGGUCUACAACCGGAGACACAAAUCGCUCGAAGCGAACCGGAGGUUUCGGGGCGACCGUCAUCCGUUAUUGCAGGAGACAUUGAGACAUUCAACUUGGAGGAAAUCCUACACGUGCAAGAUUUACCAAGCUCUGGCAACGUUCAUCAUACACCGAUUUUCGAUGAUAUUGGUCGUGAUUCUGAAUACCAACUCCCCAGCUUUGAAUCCGGCGACCCAGGGUUCGAUUUCACUGCCGGUCAGCACUUUCAAGUUGGACCUCCUGAGAGCCCCAUCCAGACUGGAGAUCUUCCAGAUGAUGUAUCAAUUGAUCCGGCCAUUUUGGACAAUUAUCGUUUCCCGGAUGUUGAGGAGAUCCAAGCGGUAGAGCCUACGCCUCAUGUUGCAGUCGGGCCAGCCAGACCAUCAGCUGGUAAAUCUCGAUUUUUCGUUAAAGAUGCCUGUCACCAUAACAAAAACAGACCACACGGCUCGCAGAGGACAGUGAAAUCUGGUCGGCAGUCCUCCAGAAUCAACAAAUUAGCAGUUGUCGUGAAAAGUCAACCCAAGGUUGAGACUGAUCGAUUCGCUGAAGGGCUUGGCUGCAAGAACGUUUCGUUUUCCACGGUUCGUGCUCAAUUCUCUGAACUCUCAGUCGAUGACCGACUACAGUUCCUGUCCUGGCUGUUUGAGAGUGCCUUGUAUCAUUGCGCUCCGGUGACAAGCGCAAAGGACACAUCUACGUCAAGAUGCAUUUUGAAACAUGAAAAAGACGUGGCGCCUACGCUUAGCAACUCAAGCACGAGCGGCAAAAUGGGCGAUACAGAGUACAUAUGUCCCUCCAGGAAAGGCCUUCCAUAUUCUGUGGAAGAGGAUCGCCUACUGGUGAUGCUUAGAGAAGAACAAAAACUUGCCUGGUCAGAAGUGACCAAGCGGUUUGCUCAAAAGUUCCCCGGGAGGAAUCAAAGCUCCAUACAGGUGUACUGGAGCACGACACUGAGCAAACGACUAUCUUUAGCGAAAAACUCCUAG